GCCGUAUCCUGCGGUUUGCAAGCAGCACGGCAGCAACCGAUCAAAAAUAAUCCCAGGCGUGCUGUCGCCAACGCUCGGUCGUAAAGACAGGCCUCUAUUUGCAAGCGUGUGCAGCUUGUCGCUGCAGCAGCGCUGCCGGACGAUGAUGUGGCUCCUCCUCCUCGCCGCCUGCACCACAGCAGACGCAUCAAUCAUCCAACGAGUGGCAGCGACGCCGCUCGCGCGGGGCGCUGUACUCAGAGUAGCGUCGGACCUCACGGGCGGCUUACCAUUGGAACAGUGGAAGACGCGGGUGACGCGCUUCCCGAACGAGACGGCCGCGACGUCGCUGCGAAGCGUCUACAAAUACCAAGGCGGUCUAAAAGCGUUCUGGAGCGGCACGGGCGCGAGAGUAGUAGAAGGCUCGUGCAGCGGCGCCGUCUUGUUAGGCGCGAGAGGAUGCGCACAUGAAUUUCUGCGACAAACAGCGCCGUCCAUCGCGGACACGGCGCUCGCGGCGUUCGCGGUCGGCGCGGCGGCGGGCGCGUGCCAGGCCUUAGUGAUGGGGCCCUGCACUUAUUUAGUCACAAGGUCGGCCGUCGAGGGCAAGUCUGCGGUGAGAUGCCUGCGAGACGCGUUCGCCGACAAGUCCCUAUGGAGAGGAAUCGCAACUAUAUACGCGGGCGCCGGCGCCGUGGCGAUGCGCCAGGCCACGAACUGGGCGUCGCGCCAGGGCCUCACGGACUUAUUUCAGCGGCGGCUGGGCCUCCCGCUGUUGGCCUGCGGCGUGCUCGGCGGUAUCGGGAGCUGCUGGAACACGCCGUUGGAAGUGAAGCGCAUCCGCGCGCAAAGCGGCCUCGGGUCGCUCGGCGACGUCUGGAGGGAGGAGGGCCUGGCGGGCUGCUUCCGGGGCGUGACGCCGCGGGCCGCCCAGGCGGCGUGGCAAACCUGCUUUAUGGUCGUCCUCCCUACUCUGUUGUUCUAAACUUAACU